AUGGAAACGCAAUCAGAAAAAGACGAAUUCAACAUCGAUACUUACAUGGAUGCUCUUGAAACUAAAUGUUUCGGAAGAUUUAUUCUUUGGUCUCCACGAUUACCCUCUACUCAAGACAUUGUCAGCCUCAACUUCUUUGAGCUUCCAAUUGGUUCUGUAUGCAUCGCAGAUCUUCAAUUCAAAGGACGAGGGCGUUCACACAAUACAUGGGAAUCUCCAAAGGGAAGCCUUCUUUUAUCAUUUACAAUGCAAAUGGAAAAUGGACAUGUGGUUCCUCUUGUGCAAUAUGUUGUGUGUCUUGCUAUGACUGAAGCAAUUAAGAAUCUUUCUAUAAGAAAUGGUAUUCCUCCUCUUGAUGUUAGAAUAAAAUGGCCAAAUGAUCUUUACUUCAAUGGGCUUAAAGUGGGAGGAAUUUUGUGUGGAUCAACAUAUCAAUCCAAGAUAUUCAAUAUUAGUGUUGGAGUAGGAUUGAAUGUUGAUAAUGAUAAGCCAACAACAUCCUUGAAUUCAGAGCUCCAAAAAUUAAAUUCUGAUUACAAAUUACAAAGAGAAGAUAUUACAUCAACUUUCUUUGAUAAAUUCGAGCAUUUCUUCCAUAUUUUGAUACACCAAGGAUUCCAACCCCUUGAGGAGCUAUAUUACAAGACAUGGCUCCAUAGUGGGCAGAGGAUUAUUGUUCAAGAAAAAAACCAAGAACAAGAUUUGCCAACAGAAAAUGUAGUCACUGUUCAGGGGUUAACAUCUUCAGGAUACUUAUUGGCCAUUGCUGAUAAUGGUGAAAGAUGUGAGCUUCAUCCAGAUGGAAAUAGUUUUGAUUUCUUCAAAGGACUAGUGAGGAGUAAGCUUGCCUGAGAAACAAACAUCUUUUUUUUUUUUUUUUUUUGUAAUUUUCAUGAGUUGUAUUUUAAAAGAUUAAUAUAUUAGCAUACAAUAAGAGUGAUUGGUGGAUGCUACACAUAGUUAUAUCUUUAGAUUGACAUUGAAGAAAAAAAUAUUGUCUGUGGUGUAAGAUUUAGUUUUGCGUUAUGUAAAGAGUGUUUAUGAAUUAAUUUGCAUGUUCUGAUAUAUGGGG